AGAAAAAGUCAAGGCUAACUUAUUUCCUCUCCCUUGUUCUCAGUGAUCCCUUAUAGGUCAGUGAUAAUUCCCAUCAAAAAACUAAGCAAUGCAAUAACUACAUCAAACCCAUGGAUUUGUGUAUCAGGAGAACUGGGAGAUACAGGUGUAAUGCAGAUUCCUAAAAACCACUUAGAAAUGACGUUUGAGUGCCAGAAUUUAGGGAAGCUGACGACCGUUCAGAUUGGUCAUGACAACUCAGGGCUGCUAGCCAAGUGGCUGGUUGAUUGUGUCAUGGUCAGAAAUGAAAUAACAGGACACACGUACAAGUUUCCCUGCGGGCGAUGGCUGGGAAAGGGCGUUGAUGAUGGUAGCUUGGAGCGAAUACUCAUUGGAGAGCUGGUGUCCUCCACAUCUGACGAAGAGCUGGGAAAGCAGUGCCGUACCCCACCCCAGCAGAAAUCGCCUACCACGGCUCGACGGCUGAGCAUCACUUCCCUUACAGGGAAGAACACCAAGCCUAAUGCAGGACAGAUUCAAGAGGGAAUUGGGGAAGCUGUGAACAAUAUUGUGAAACAUUUUCACAAGCCAGAGAAAGAGAGAGGGAGCCUCACUAUUCUGUUGUGUGGAGAAAAUGGUCUGGUCGCAGCACUGGAGCAGGUCUUCCACCAUGGAUUCAAAUCGGCUCGCAUUUUUCAUAAGAAUGUCUUCAUCUGGGAUUUCAUAGAGAAAGCUGUUGCUUAUUUUGAAACCAGUGAUCAGAUUGGAGACAAUGAGGAGGCCCUUUUGCUUCAGAGAUCUUCAUGCAAAACCUUCUGUCAUUAUGUGAAUGCCAUCAAUACAGCUCCAAGGAACAUUGGAAAGGACGGCAAAUUCCAAAUUCUGGUUUGCCUGGGGACAAGGGACCACUUGCUGCCCCAGUGGAUCCCCUUGCUGGCUGAGUGCCCGCCCAUUACAAGGAUGUACGAGGAGAACGCUCUCCUACGGGACCGCAUGACUGUCAACUCCCUUAUCCGAGUCCUACAGACAUUGCAAGAUUUCAACAUCAUCCUAGAAGGAUCGCUCAUUAAAGGAGUGGAUGUUUAGCAUGGCUUUGCUGAGAACUUCAUUAUUCCUUUCCCAUGCAAGCAAACCACAAUGGGAGACCUGUCAGGACUUGAACGUGAUGGUAGUGCACCACUGUAAGGCAAAGCUGCCGGAUGAAGCGGGAGUGGGAAGCCCAGUUUGUGCUCGAUGGGAACUGUCCUCUAAAGCUGCAGAAAGCUAAGAUGCAGUAUUGUAGUUUAUUUGAAACAGAAAUUUAGUAUAAAAUAGAGUAUUUUCAUGUGUUAGAUGUGUGUAAAUAUGCUAUCUUCUGUAAGAAAUUAUAUUACUCUAAGAAAUUUUUCUUAGACUGAAUGUUCUUGUUCCAACUAUGAGUAGCUUAAAUCCAGGGGAAGGACUGGGGGGAGGGAAGGACUGAGGUGGGAAGGGAUGCGGCUACUUGCUUGCAAGGAAGAAGCCAAUCAAUAUGUAAAUACAGUGCAAACUCAGCAGGGCUUUUUUUCAGGUAUUGCAGAUUAAUACAGCAAAUAUCCUUAUGUAGCCAUUGUGACUGUCUCAUUCUUGGAAAUGCUGUCAGCAUAUGCUGUU